AUUACGAAAAAAACAAAACAAACAUACUUGUUCUUGUUCCUUCACUCUCUCUCCUGUUCUUACUGGAAGUAAUUGGAGUGAUGAUGAUUUCAAGAAAUAGAACCUCACUAUGCUUCAAUAAUUUGUAUAUUUCUGCUCCAUUUUUCUCUGUUUAUAACUAUGGAUUUUCACCCCCUUUUUUCUAUGAGCUAAGGAUGAGCAUUUGAGUUGAAAGAGCAUCAUCAGAUAUCCAUUUUCUGCCAUGGCCACUGUGUAUCGAGUUAAAGUUAUUCGUAAGAGAGCAGAGAGGCAUGAACGGAAGCGAAUGCAAAAUUAUAAAGUGCAGGCGGAGAGACUAUCUGCAUUCGAAGAAUUGCUUAAUGAGAUUUAUACAGUUUGCCGCCCUAAACCAAGGGAUUAUGAAGUCAGGAGAGAUUUGAUUUCUGCUUUUAAUGAGAUAGCAAAGGAUAUCUAUGGAUAUUCUGGUAAUGCUCCUGUCGUGGAGGAGUUUGGAUCUUUUGUAAUGGAUCUAUUCCAUUCAAAGAGUGACCUAGAUCUUUCUGUUAAUUUUGACAACAAUUCAGCUCAAUUUUCGCAUGAGAAGAGGAUUCAAACUCUCAGAAAAUUUGCAAGGAAGCUGUAUGCACUUCAAAAACAUGGGCAUGUAUCUGGUGUUCAUCCAAUAACAGCUGCUAAGGUGCCCGUUUUGAAAGUUGUUGAUUGUGGAACUAAAGUUGAGUGCGAUAUAUCGGUUGAAAACAGGGAUGGAGUUUCAAAGUCUAAGAUAAUCCACAUGAUUUGUUCUCUUGAUGAAAGGUUUCAGAAGCUGAGCUUUUUGAUGAAAACUUGGGCAAAAGCGCAGAAUAUUAAUAGCUCAAAAGACAAAACUUUGAACUCAUUAUCUAUAAUACUUUUGGUUGCUUUUCAUUUGCAGACACGAAAUCCUCCAAUACUACCGCCAUUUUCUGCCGUAUUAGAAGAUGGCUCGGAUCCUGAUGUGGUGGCGAAGUCAUUGAAGAAGUUUGUGAACUAUGGGAAGGGGAACAAAGAGUCGGUGGCUGAGCUGCUAGUUACACUGUUAAUCAAGUUAUUGUCAGUUGAGAAGCUAUGGGCCAAAGGACUAUGUGCAAGUACCUACGAAGCAUCUUGGCUAUCUAAAACAUGGGACUCCAAAGUUUGCUGCAUCGGUGUUGAGGAUUUCAUUGACCGGUCUCAAAAUGUUGCAAGGGCGGUUGGGAAAGGAGAAGUAAAACGGAUAUACAAGUGUAUCCAGCGUACCAGCGAAUACAUUUCUCUUUUUAUGGACGGUCUGGUCGAAAUACCCAAAUUAAAGUCUCAGUUGUUUGGCAAUGCUGCGCCCUUUCAAGACGUUUUUGAGACAAGGAACAUUAAAGAAGAUGGAAAUAUAAUCACUCUUCCUUGUAGAGAUAUGAAGAAUAAGAAGGACCAAAGUAAAGAAGGCCAGAACGGAAGUCAGUGGGCUAUACCUUCUGAACCUGUUGCGAAGUCUACCGAAGGUUGGGAAGGAUUAGCUUCAGUGAAUGGGGGACAGUCAAAAGGAAAAUGGUCUACUGAAGGUUGGGAAGAAGUACGUUCAGCGAGUUGGGGACAGCCCAAGGAGGACAGGGAACCAGCCGACUCUCCAUGGUCAAAAGGAAAAUGGUCUACUGAAGGUUGGGAAGGCAUACAUUCAGCGAAUUGGGGACAGGCCAAGGAGGAUGGUGGACCAGCUGAUUCUCGAUUGUCAAAAGGAAAAUGGUCUACUGAAGGUUGGGAAGGCAUACGUUCAGCGAGUUGGGGACAGCCCAAGGAGGAUAGGGAACCAGCUGAUUCUCGAUUGUCAAAAGGAAAAUGGUCUACUGAAGGUUGGGAAGGCAUACGUUCAGCGAGUUGGGGACAGCCCAAGGAGGAUGGUGGACCAGCUGAUUCUCGAUUGUCAAAAGGAAAAUGGUCUACUGAAGGUUGGGAAGGCAUACACUCAGCGAGUUGGGGACAGCCCAAGGAGGAUGGUGGACGAGCUGAUUCUCGAUUGUCAAAAGGAAAAUGGUCGACUGAAGGUUGGGAAGGCAUACACUCAGCGAGUUGGGGACAGCCCAAGGAGGAUGGUGGACCAGCUGAUUCUCGAUUGUCAAAAGGAAAAUGGUCUUCUGAAGGUUGGGAAGGCAUACGUUCAGCGAGUCGGGGACAGCCCAAGGAGGACGAUGGACCACCUGACUCUCCCUGGUCAAAAGGAAAAUGGUCUACAAAAGGUUGGGGAAAUACAUCUUCAGCGAAUUGGGGACAGUCAAACGGGGACAAUGCACCACCAGUCUCUAUCUUGACAAAAAGGAAAAGAUCAGAAGAAACCCCGCGAAGAACUUCUUCUGCUCAAUGGCUGGGGAAAUCAGACACGAAAAGUUGGCCCAACAGAAAGCAUAACAGUAAGUAUGCACCCAACGCUAAGUGGUCAAAAAUGCAGAGAGGAGGUCAGGGAGGAAGCUAAAUGAACCAUUUGCGCGUAUCUAGUUGAAUCAUCUGCAACAACUUUUACAUUCUUGCUCCGACUUGGGGAGUAGCUCGUAUAGAUAACGUACCCCUCGUUAUCCUCUUGUUUUUUUUACUAGUUGGUUAGAACAUUUUGUACAGAACUUAGCAAUGACCUAACAAGAUGGCAUGUUAACUGCUCAAUGUAACAUUUAAUUUUAUGUACCUUAUGAACAUCAAGAAAUCGAAUGAAAAACAGAUUCUCAAGAA